AUGAUUGGGAAAGUGGUGAUAAUAACUGGUGGUAACGGUGGAAUAGGGUUUGAAACUGCAAAGAAUUUAGCAGAGCGUGGCGCACGUGUAAUUAUAGCAUGUCGUAGUGUCCGUCGUGCAGAGGACGCUAUAAAGAAGAUAACCGAGGCUACCGGAAAUAAAGAUGUUGAAUAUCGUCACCUUGAUCUAGCAUCAUUUCGUUCUGUGCGUAAGUUUAGUGAAAAUAUUUUAAAAACUGAACAACGCUUAGACGUCCUUGUCAACAAUGCUGCUGCCGGUGGUCUUGGCAACUAUAAGACGGAAGAUGGCAACCAUAUAGGAAUGCAAGUUAACUAUUUCGGAACAUUUUUACUAACGAACCUGCUACUGCCAAUUUUAAAAUCUUCCGCACCAAGUCGAAUUAUAAAUGUUUCUUCUAUGAUACAUAAAUAUGCUGAAAUGAAUUUCGAAAAUUUAAAUAUGGAGAAGUAUUGGAGUGAUUAUUUAGUGUAUGCAAACAGCAAAUUAUAUUUAAAUUUAAUGACAAUCGAGCUCAGUAGAAGACUGCAAGGAACGAAUGUUACGGUCAAUGCACUGCAUCCUGGCGUCGCUGCUACAAAAAAUCUCAGAAUUAUAAAAACUGAUAUAAUACGCAGUUUUUUUAAGUUUUUUAUUACCUUUAUGCAUUUGAAUGUUUGGGAAGCAGCACAGACAUCAAUAUAUUUGGCAGUGUCACCAGAGGUUCAGAAUGUGAGUGGUCGGUAUUUCAGUAAUUGUAAAGAAGAGAAACCUUCGAAAUUAUCCCAGGAUAUAGAAGUUGCAAAGAGACUUUGGAAUGAAACGGAAAAAAUAGUUAAUUUUUCUUUAAAUAAAUAUAACAGAUGUACGAUUAGUAGAAGU